AGUAUGCGUAAGUGAAUGAUCCUGAGUACGAUACAAAUCAGUCGAACUAAACUCGUUUUUUUCUCAAUUUUGAGCCAAAUGUUCAAAGAUUGCAUUGGUUUAUAGAAUAUUGAUAUAUUUUUCUUUGAUUCAACCUUGAAAUCAUUACCUUGUACAGCUCAUUUUACGCGUUUUUGUGUAAAACAUCGUAUGUCGUUUGGAUAUUCGCGGUAAGACUAAACUCCCGCCAGUGAGUACUUCGGUCACUGGACGAUCUCUUACGCGCCGACUGCUGUGUAUGUUUGGGUAGCUCUCCCGCUAUACAGCUAGCUUUCGCGGGGAAUGACGGAUUGAGCAGUAGAACUUGCCGAGUAGUGCUGGAGAAGCUGGAAGAUUCCAAAGACAAUUUCGCGUUCAGCAGAAGAUCAUCUAGCCUACUACUAGAACUGUGUGAGAAAGCUGUGAAAGACAGGACAAGGCAAGGAAAUAUGUCUCGGAGGAGUGGUCGUUUACAAUCAAGACAGGACAAUCAGCCGUUAUCAGAGUGCAUUUCAGACGAAAAUAAUCUUCCAAUGUGUACAAGAAAGAGGAAAACAAGAGAACAGGACACGACUGGUGUAUCAAAAGCUGAGGAAGUUCAAAGGAGAAGACAGCAAUUUACGAUAGAGAACCGAUGGGUACCAAUCUCUGAGUCAUCGUCAAUAGAAACAUCUCUUCUAGUUCCAAUGCAAACCAAGGAACCAUCAACUCCUUCAGAAGAACUAAUGGACACUGCCAAUUGGGUCACAUUCCGAAACCUGUUUCCAGCCCAUGUAUCAGACCGAGCUUCACCCGUCCCCCUGCUACACUGGGAUGAUCUUCCAGAAGUAUGGACCAUAAUGACGAGGAAGGAGGCCCUCUGUCCAAGGAAGCAUGAUUGUCUAAAGAGUCAUCCAUCGCUGGGAGAGAGAAUGAGAGCUAUCCUUCUAGAUUGGCUUAUUGAAGUGUGUGAAGUUUAUAGGUUACACAGAGAGUCAUUUUAUCUAGCAGCAGACUUUGUAGAUAGGUAUCUAGCAGCCAAAGAAAACGUUCCAAAGACGAAGCUUCAGCUCAUUGGUAUCACAUCAUUAUUCGUUGCUGCAAAGUUAGAAGAAAUCUACCCGCCCAAGCUGCAUGAAUUUGCCUAUGUAACGGACGGAGCAUGCACAGAUGAUCAGAUCCUAGAUCAAGAACUCAUCAUGUUGAUGACGCUGAACUGGGACUUGACACCAAUCACUGUCAACACCUGGCUGAAUGCUUUCAUGCAGAUCUGUAAUGCUGAGGAGAUAGCCCAUAGAAAGACCAACUUUCACUUCCCUUCAUACUCAUCGACUGAGUUUGUUCAAGUAGCACAGCUUCUGGAUGUAUGUACCCUAGAUAUCGGUUCGAUGGACUUUGACUACAGUAUCCUAGCAGCAUCUGCUCUCUAUCAUGUAACCAAUGAAGAGGUCACAUUGAGUGUAACAGGAUUGAAGUGGGAUGACAUAGCAGCAUGUGUCCAGUGGAUGUCAACAUUUGCCAUGACGAUCCGUGAAGUGGGCGUGGCUCAGCUCAAGAACUUCAAGAAUAUCUAUGCAGGAGAUGCACACAACAUUCAGACACACUGCUCAAGUCUAGAAUUAUUGGAUAAAUCACAUGAGAAACAAAGGCUGUUGAGAGAAGCAUCUUGCUACAGCCCCGUACAGGUGCCUGGUGUCCUGACCCCUCCUCAGAGUGAUAAGAAGACAAAGAAGGGUGUUCUAUGAUAGAGAAGGGAUAUGCCACCAGUCUUGGCCAGCCAUAUCAAUGUAUUAGCAGUAGGUAGUUUCUUUUUAAUGAAGGGGUUUCCCCUUCCCAUGAUAUUUCUUCUCUCUUAGAUUUCAAAAGGGCUUUUCCUCUUUCAAGUCAGUUUAUUGUAAGUAGUUAAGAUAUAGAAUAUUAAUUAGGACUGUGAUGGAGGUUUAGACUAGAGAAAACGUAUAUGUAGUGUCAGUAUGACGAAUAUAUCUUCUCAAUAAAACACAUUAUCUUACUUUAAAAGUUUAGGGACAUUAAAAAAACAUAUUAAUUUGGAAGGGGGAUCAUAUGUAUUUUCACCCUCGUCAAUUUGAACAUAACAUGUUUUCCCCUAAUAUGGAGACUUGCGUAAGUUAUCCCAUUUUGUCUUCCAAUUUACUUGUCUUGCUGUAAUUUUUUAGUGAAGUAUGUUGUUCAAACUGUUUUUAAUAUCAAAUUGUGAAUACGAAGGCCAUCCUUCCAUAACAAAAAACCUAAUUCCAAGCCUAAUUAAUAUCAACAUAUCUUCUUUUAGAUCAGGUCAUGCAAAAUUGUGAUACUGCAUAAUUUUUGAAAUACAGAUUAUACAACUAAUUAAAUGUUUUGUUCAGCCUUUAGGUUACAAUAGGAAUAUAGUUUGACAUUGUAGUUGAGAAAUAGUUAGAAAGUUAUCAAUUCUUGUACAUUUACAGAAAUUUUAAAAGAUGCAAAACAGGGUGUCUUGUGAAUGUAGACUUGUACAGAAGGUUGUUUUUUUCUUCACUGAAAUAUGAUGUAAAUGAGUAAAUCUGAGUGGUAUAAUGACAUUUGUAUUUAUUCUGAGCUAUUUAUUUUAGACAUAUAAAUAUAUUUGCCAGAAGAUAUUAAGAUAUUUGCUCACUGAAACUGAUUCAUAUGAUGUGCCUGUCACCAAAAACACCUAGGUUAGUUAGUUGCAUAUAUGUUCAUAUUUCAUUGAAUCGUUGCAAAUAUGUACACUGUUAUUUGAAAAUUCUAUUUUAUAUUUAGGUUCAGUGACAUUUUUUAAAAACAAUUUCAAGGAUCUAGCCUGGUCUGAUGGUGAUAAGCACAUUUAUGAAAAUUGGAAUAGUUAUGAUAUUAAUUUACUCAAGGAGGAAAAGCCCUGUUGAAUUUAGAGUUUGUAUUGUGCCACAUCUUUUUGGUAGCUCUUUUACCUGUGCGCAUCAGAAAUAGUUUGAUUUCUUUGUUGUAUUUAUCAUUCUCACAUUGGAUUUUGUUGUGGAGACACAUGCAAGUUGUCAUGGCAAUGAUUCUGUACAGAUAAUAUAUUUUAUAGUUAUGAGUAACCAUAUAUUUUUGUUUGAAUUGCCUGUAUGAUGUAUUCAUCCAAAUGUACUCAAAUAGGAAUUAUUUUCAAUGCAAUUAUUAAGCCUUGGAUAUUUGUAAAUUGUUGGGUGUUUUUUUGUUGCAAUUUGUACUAUUUUCUGAGUUUGAAUCUAAUAAUGGUGCUUUGUUUAUGAGAUACAGUAUCAUUACAAUUUACUCAGAUGUUUAUAUUGAAUUGAAAUGGCGGACUAUAUAUAACAUGAUUGUCAUGAUGAGUAUUAUAACCCAUAGCGUUUGACUAUCAAACCUUCAAGAACAUGGCAAAAGACAUUCUGCUGAUAUUUGUCUGACAAAGAAUGACAAUUGUUAGGAGUGAGUAAUUUUUACCGAUCCCUUUUAGUUUACUCCUACAAGGGCUGAAUAUAUUCAAUUUGUUCACUGAUACCGUAUAUUGAAAAAAACAGUUAUGUGUGCUUAUAUAUUUCCUCAUGGGAAAGUACUGUUGAAAUGCCUCAGAAUAGUAAAAUAAAAAAAUCUUAUUUCAUUACCACUUGCUGCAUUAUUAUUCAAAUACUUCUGUUUGAUAUUGGUAUGUAUGUGAUUGGAAGACGACAUAAUGUAUUUUAAUGUCCCUCACCAGAAGUGGAAUUACAGCUUCACUAAGCUCUAUGAUUAUCACUGAAUUAAGUAACUCUCAGUGUGGAAGUAUAGUCUUAAGAUGAGAUUCUGAUUUCAUAUAAGUCUGCCCAUUUAGAUUGAUAACUAGCAUAUAUUUCAGGUAUUUUGGGUCUCAAUUCAAGAACUUCUGUCUAGCUGUCUAAGAAAAUGUUUGAAUAUUUGUUUAUGUCAACUUGUUACAUUCCUACAUUUUGUAAUAUUAUUCUAGCUCUCGUAAAGGUAACACCAGUGGGUAUACUUUUCCCGUACUGAGUUCAAAACUACAAUGUAGUGUAAGUAGCUAGGAGAAUUUUAGCAGUUUUUAAUGUCAUCAUUGAAGGAAGCAGUGUCUGUCUAAUUGUUCUGUAUCAUAAAUAUUAAUGUUUUGUUGAUUUAGGAUGCUUUUUGUGUGUGGUUAAUUUGUUUGACAGUUGUAUUGCUUCACUUUAUUAUUUUUUCUUGUUACAAAAACUCAGGGCACAAUGCAUGAAAUUCAGCAUUCGCUUACUCUGCAAAGAUAAUUGUUUGUCAGAACACAAUGUUGUAUUUCAGUUACCCAGUCAAGAGUCAGCUUUGUAAAAUCUCUAAAAGUUUGUUCUGCAAAUACCACCUGUAUGUCAUGUAUGCACCUAUUCAUCCAUUUACUGAUGCAAAAAUUUGUUAUGAAAACUUGUCUUCCUUUUAAUGUCCACAAAGCAGUUAGUAAUAAGCUUUAUUUUGCACAUGACUUCCAAAGACUAGACACUAACAGGUGCAGAACAAUUGGACCCCAAAUUCCACAAGAUAAUUGCCAAAUAUUCAGCAUUUCAUUACUCUUUUUGUUAUAUAUUUGUUACAGGUUUGUUUGUUGUUUUUCUUGUUCUAUUUGAUUACUUGUUUUCUCUCUAAAUGGCCUUGGCAUAUUUUCUGAGGAAAAACAAAGGAUCUAGAAAAAACACUUCAUUCCUUUGCAUAUUUAUCACAUUCUGUUCAGAGUAGGACCAGAUGUUUCUUUUCUUUCUGUUUUCUCUGUGUUUUUGUAAUUUUGUUUGUUGAUUCUCCAAUUGUUUCAUUUUGUAUUCUGUUCAGUACAGAUGAUUAUUUAUUGUUUCUACGUCUCUAUUUUGUUUCUAUUUUGAUUCUGUAUAAAAGGCAUUCUUCAGAUUGUGAUUUGUAUAUUUCACUUAAUCUCCUUAUUUCCUUUAUACUGUACAUGGUAUGAAUUGGGCAAUUCUGUGUGUUUUUAAGUGAAGCAAAUGAGAUUUUAGAUAAUCAUACUUCAAUCCAAUGAAAUUUAAAUUAAUCCUUUUCAAAUUGAGCUCAAUUAACUUAUUUCCAGUAAUUAUAUCUUUGUUGUUGAAAUAUGUAAUGCAAUCACUAUCAAGAUCCAUGUAAAGUUGAGGAAAUUUGAUAUUUCCAACCUCUUUUCAUUUUAACGUAUCUGGUAUUGAUCUUUCUAUAUUAAGUUUGCUCUGAUUUGUUCUUGCUCAGUCUUUGAAAUUUUUAUAUAUUGAAUAAAGUGAAUGAUACCAUUUUCAA